GAAAAAAGAAGCUGUGGGGAUGAAUAGUUGCCGAGUAGCUCAUCGUUUAUUCUGUCUUGAGGCCCCGCAAUGGCGCAGCGGUCGUAUCCACUGAAGGGGCAAGACCCCUGAGAGCCACAGGGCUUCAGGCUUCAGCAGAGACACCAGAAGAGUUCCCAGAGUCCAGUGCGAAUGAGAACAACAUGAGGCUUCCUUUUCGCUGGGCAGCACACAGGCGUGUGUUUGUAGUGGUUGCAGUUUUAGGUUUGCUGGUUUUGGUGAUGGUCUCCCUACCACUGAUCGAAACAGGGACAAACAAACCUCUGCACUGGCACGUCAACCCUGCACAUAAAAAGCUGGUGCAUGAGCAUGUGCUCAGAGUUCUGGAUGGGCAGUGUCAUCGCGGCAGCACUAGGCAGAGCUUAUUAGCUCGACUCCCUGCUUCCGGUUACGCGGCCAGGCCCUUCUUGUGGAAGGAUGUUCCACUUCCUGAUGACCUUUUCCUGCGUCCACCUCCAUUUGGCUUCAGAGGGCUUCGGGGCAAAGUGGAGGACCUGCUAAAGCUGCUGCCAGACUCUGAUUUCAAACCACAGCUGGAAAAGACAUCAGAUAAAUGUCAGCGCUGUCUGGUCAUGGGAAAUGGAGGAAUUCUCAGAGGCCUGGAGCUUGGCCCGCUGAUAGACCGUUUUGACACCAUUAUCAGAUUAAACAGUGGUCCUCUGGGAGAGUUCAGUGUUGACGUUGGAAAUCGAACCAGCAUCAGGAUGAGUUACCCAGAAGGCACGCCCCUCCACUGGGUCGACACAGACCCACACACUCUGUUUGUUGCUGUGGUGUAUAAAAGUGUAGACAUCAGCUGGACGUCUGCUAUGAUCAACAAGCUCACUGUGCCUCUGUGGGACAAGCUCUUCUUCUGGCAGAAGGUUCCACAUCAAAUUCCUCUUGAGCCCCAGAGGUUCAGACUUCUGAAUCCACAUGUCAUUAAAGAGACUGCAUUAGACCUGCUGAAAUACCCUCCACCCAGACCACGCAUCUUGGGCUGGGACAAGAAUGUGCCUACCCUGGGAGUCUCUGCACUGAAUUUAGCCAGUCUGCUAUGUGAUGAGGUCAGCCUGGCAGGCUUCGGCUACAACCUCUCCCAACAGGGGACGCCACUGCACUACUAUGACAACCAGCCCAUGAGCGCCAUGCUGCAGCAGAACAUGCACAAUGUGGACAGAGAGACUGAACUGUUGAAAAGCCUUGUCAGAGAGGGAACCAUCACUGACCUGACGGGGGGUAUUCACUGCUCCUUCUGCCCUAGCUGACCUCCACACAUCUGAAUAUAAAGCACUAUAAAGCAACUUUUUGUUGUGAAGUGCUUACUUUUGAGCACAAAGUACAUCCUGUUUGGAAAAAAAGAAGAGCAACGGCAAAAGCAAAGGAUUUACAAACAUGACAAGAAAGAAAGAAAAGAAACGGAAAGGGACUGAAAUCUGGUCUAAUAUUUCUAUUUUUGGUCACAAAGUGCUUCUUGAAGAACAAAGAACAUACAUAUCAUAGUGUAUAUGUGCAAACACAUACAUAUACUCUAUAUCUUCACAAUUUUUAUUAACUUUAUUCAAUAUCAGCAUUGCAGAUUUCUCCAGAUAUCCAAUGUGUUACAGGUAUUUUAAACACCAACAAUUAUGGACCCCAAAUACCACUUUGUCCUCAUAGUAUUACAGUAAACCAUGGAGCUCACCCAGCUCUUAUGGCUUUAGUUCUGAUGCAAUUUGUUAAACAAAAUAGUCUCGUUGGUAUUUUUUUUAUUUAUUUCUUCUUUUUACAUCUGCAACUUGUUUAUUCUGUGAUCUUCCAAAAUAGCUGUGAAAGAUGAAAUGUUAUUCAUAAAUUGUUCUUUAUUUUUAAAUACAUGGAUUAUUUGUGUAAUUUUCUAUGUAGUUUGUAUAUAAUAAUGACAUUGCAGAUGCACACACAUUUGUGUGGUUACUUUUAAAAUGUACAUGUACUUAGGCUGUAUUUCUUGAGCCGAAGCUUUAAAUGUCAUCCUUUGCGUUCAUCAUUCCCUGACACCAGGAUGGGUUAAUUGUAAAACAAAUCAGAUGUAAAGAUUAAAAACAGCAAUAUACGCAGUUCUAAUGUGAAUUUUACACUGUUCUCCAAGGAGUUUAAAAGAAAUGUCAUGAAUUAAAUCGACACCAGUUUGUCUGUCUGCAGCAGAAUGAGAUGAACGCACCUACCUGCAUGACUCUUAUUGAGUUUAGAAGAUUUAUUUAACAAUUUAAAUUUAUUGUUGUUAUUAUGAACAUGUACAUACAAUGGAAAUGAAUACAAAGUGAGUAAGUGAUCUUUUUUUUGUUUUGUUUUUUUUUCUAUAAAAAUUAGGAGUCAAGGA